AUGAGUAGUUCGGGAGAGAAGCCUGGAGUAUCAGCCGAUCAUCUUGCUGUUAAUCCAAGUGAAACAUUGUUUGCCAAGUUUGCUCGUGGUGAAUUGGCUUGUGCUAAAGUUUAUGAGGACGAUAAGACUCUUGCUUUCAAGGAUAUUAAUCCACAAGCCCCUGCUCACUAUUUGAUCAUUUCCAAGGUUUUGCAAGUUGGUAAUGUUCAUUCUACUACUGAAAGUGAUGCCCCUGCUUUGGGACACUUGUUGUUUGUUGCUGGUCAAGUUGCCAAGCAAGAAGAUUUGUUGGAUGGUUAUCGUUUGGUUAUUAACAGUGGUAUUCAUGGACAACAAUCUAUUAACUAUCUCCAUAUUCACAUGAUUGGUGGUAGACAACUCAAAUGGCCUCCAGGAUAA